AUGCUUUCUGGGACAGUAGGGCUGAGUCUCCUCGCAGCCUCUAUCGCCAUUGACAUGAACCCCGUCAUGGGCAUGAUGACUUCACCUCCGACUUUGUGGUCCCGGAUCCAAGGCAUUCGGUCGAGGGUAAAGACCUGUCUGAAACUCGCGUCAUUGCCCUCAGAAGAAGGAUUCUUCCAACCGAUGAGCGGGUCAUAUGGCAGACCGGGAUGCAGCCUCUGUUGGACCGCUCGCCCUUCAUUCACAUAUCGUGUUGACCUGUCCUACGAGUACGCGGACCAAGGCCUCGUUCAUACCUCCUCCGCGCUGGAGCCGGAGCCUGCCGCGUGGGGGGAUAAUACCAAGGCUGCACGGUUUUAUCGCACUGGCGACUUGGGCCGGUAUAACCCCGAUGGUACCAUCAGCUACCUGGGCAGGAAGGACAGCCAGGUGAAGAUUCGCGGCCAGAGAUUUGAGCUAGGCGAUGCCGAGAACGUCAUCAGCAGCAGCCCCGAGGUCAGAGACAUGUCUUUAUCGACAAAGAUUCAUCGGGGCCGCAACGAGCUCGUCGCGGUGAUUUCCUUGGCUGACGCCCAGCUCCCGCGCGGUGAUGGGCUGCGGCAUCUGCCCUCAGCCUAUACUCGAGUCGUGGCCCGACAUCUCCAGUCUAUUCGGGAAUUCGUGCGGCUUAGGCUCCCUUCCCACAUGGUUCCGAGCAUCUGGCUCGCGGUUGAAAAGGUGGCACAGUCAGUCUCGGGAAAAGUAGACCGGCAUUGCAUGGACAACUGGUUCAAGGCCAAGGAUGUCUCGAUGGCCAAGGCCGCCAUGGAAGAGCAAGCAGAUAGGGAGCUGAAUCCGCCUGUCACGGUCGAGGAAAAGCUGGUCCAGUACGUCUGGGCAUCAGCGUCCCAUCUACUGGCUCGGAGUGGCAUCCCCAUAGCCACCUCUUGGCUGCUGCGGAACCAGACUCUCCAGUCGGCUGUUGAAGCCGCUCUAUUAGCAAAUAUCGAGGGAGAUGAGGCCGCGCCGGUUGCGACAAGGAUACCGCGGGAUACCAGUCUUGGUGGUCUCCAUGACCGGCUCUCGCGACUCAGCCUAUCGAAUCCCCAGUUCAAACAUGAAAACAUCGAGAGCAUCGCACCAGCAACUGAUACACAAGCCUUGUUCCUGAUCAUUGGCCCUCCCGGCGUCGAGGGCGAGACGGGUUACCACACCAGCUUCACACUCGACUCGACUCCUGCUCUUGAUGCGGCCAAGCUUCGGUCAGUCUGCGGGCAGGUGAUUCAGCAUCAUGCCAUAUUGCGCACCGCCUUUGUCCAGCAUAGACACAUGCUCUACCAAGUGGUGUUCAAGACGCCAACCUCGGAGACGAUUACGAUAGAAGGAGGCGGCUCGCCUGCCACACCCGCCUUCUUCGGCAAAGGCAGCAAUCUGGCCCGAUUUUACUUAUUCAGCCGAGAAGAGCUUUGCAACAGUAUUCGUCUUAACAUUCACCUUGCGCUGUACGAUGCCGCGUCGUUUGACUUGCUGCUUCCAGGCCUCGAUGCGGCAUACAACAACGGCCAACUGCGCCGAGGCGGCCCUCGCUACAACCCUCGGAUAUCACACCUGGAAGCACUCGAUGGCACGGCGCCGCGGCAGUUCUGGAUAGAGAUGCUGCGAGGCUGCUCGAUGAUGCAUCUGACCACCCCCCGAAUCAUGCCUGCCCAGGGGUAUCAUCUCAGAGAUUGCUCCAGGCUCAGCGUGCCCCUACGCAACCUGCAAAACUCACUCGGGACACCUUCAACCACGCUCAAGGCGGCCUGGGCGCUUGUCCUCCCGGCGGCCCUCGACACAAGCGACGUCUUGUUUGGUGAAAUCAGCGCCAAUCGCUACCUGACCAUGCCGGGCAUCGAUCAGGUCUGCGGACCCUGCAUCAACUUCGUCCCAGUCAGAGCCAUCACCCGUCACCCGUCGUGA